GCCCCUUGUCUCCGCGGCUCGUCUCCUCAGUCCGCCCGGGGAGGAGGAGGAGGAGCGGGGCCAGCCGCCGCCGCCGCCGUCCCAGCCUCGCCCAGCGCACCUGAACUCGCCGCGCCGUCCCGGGCCCCCGCGCCGCGCCCCGCGCCCUCGGCGCCCGGCCCGCGCGCAGCGCUGUCUCGGUGCCCCGGCGGGGCGCGUCCCCCGGGCCGCCUCCCGCUCUCCCGCGGCUCGCGUGGCCGCGCCUUUGUGUACGGCGGCCGCGGCUCCCGGGCUCCUCGGGCUCCGGUCGCGGCGCCCCUCCGACCGCCAGUCCAGCGCGCCACCCCCGGGCGCCCCCGACGGUGGAUCUAGCGGCGGCGAGGAGGCGGGUCCCGGUCCCGGCCCCGGCGAACCCCAGUCCCGGCCCCCGGCCCCGGGCCCGGCUCCGGCAUGGAUGUUAGGUUCUACCCCGCGGCGGCCGGGGACCCUGCCAGCCUGGACUUCGCACAGUGCCUGGGGUACUACGGCUACAGCAAGUUUGGAAAUAAUAAUAACUAUAUGAAUAUGGCUGAGGCGAACAAUGCGUUCUUCACUGCCAGUGAGCAGACAUUCCAUACACCAAGCCUUGGGGACGAGGAAUUCGAAAUUCCACCAAUCACACCUCCUCCAGAGUCAGACCCUGCCCUAGGCAUGCCGGAUGUCCUGCUACCCUUUCAAGCCCUCAGCGAUCCAUUGCCUUCCCAGGGAAGUGAAUUCACACCCCAGUUUCCCCCUCAAAGCCUGGAUCUCCCUUCCAUUACAAUCUCAAGAAAUCUCGUGGAACAAGAUGGCGUACUUCAUAGCAGUGGGUUACAUAUGGAUCAGAGCCACACACAAGUGUCCCAGUACCGGCAGGAUCCCUCCCUGAUCAUGCGGUCCAUCGUCCACAUGACCGAUGCUGUGCGUUCUGGGGUCAUGCCUCCUGCCCAGCUCACCACCAUCAACCAGUCUCAGCUCAGCGCCCAGUUGGGGUUGAAUUUGGGAGGUGCCAGUAUGCCUCACACAUCUCCUUCACCUCCAGCAAGCAAAUCGGCCACUCCUUCCCCUUCCAGCUCCAUCAAUGAAGAGGAUGCUGAUGAAGCCAACAGAGCCAUUGGAGAGAAAAGAGCUGCUCCAGACUCUGGCAAGAAGCCCAAGACUCCAAAGAAAAAGAAAAAGAAAGAUCCCAAUGAGCCACAGAAGCCAGUGUCAGCAUAUGCCCUGUUUUUCAGAGACACACAGGCUGCAAUUAAAGGUCAAAACCCCAAUGCAACCUUUGGAGAGGUCUCAAAAAUUGUAGCAUCUAUGUGGGACAGCCUUGGAGAAGAACAAAAGCAGGUAUAUAAAAGGAAAACAGAAGCUGCCAAAAAAGAAUAUCUGAAGGCCCUGGCGGCAUACAGGGCCAGCCUCGUUUCUAAGGCUGCUGCUGAGUCAGCAGAAGCCCAGACCAUCCGUUCUGUUCAGCAGACCCUGGCGUCGACCAAUCUGACAUCCUCUCUCCUUCUCAACACUCCACUGUCUCAACAUGGAACAGUGUCAGCAUCACCUCAGACUCUCCAGCAAUCGCUCCCUAGGUCAAUCGCUCCCAAACCCUUAACCAUGAGACUCCCCAUGAACCAGAUUGUCACAUCAGUCACCAUUGCAGCCAACAUGCCCUCGAACAUUGGGGCUCCGCUGAUAAGCUCCAUGGGAACGACCAUGGUUGGCUCAGCACCCUCCACCCAAGUGAGCCCUUCGGUGCAAACCCAGCAGCAUCAGAUGCAGUUACAGCAGCAGCAGCAGCAGCAGCAGCAACAACAACAACAGAUGCAACAGAUGCAGCAGCAGCAACUCCAGCAGCACCAAAUGCAUCAGCAAAUCCAGCAGCAGAUGCAGCAGCAGCAUUUCCAGCACCACAUGCAGCAGCACCUGCAGCAGCAGCAGCAUCUCCAGCAGCAAAUUAAUCAACAGCAGCUGCAGCAGCAGCUGCAGCAGCGCCUCCAGCUGCAGCAGCUGCAACACAUGCAGCACCAGUCUCAGCCUUCUCCUCGGCAGCACUCUCCCGUCGCCUCUCAGAUAACAUCCCCCAUCCCUGCCAUCGGGAGUCCCCAGCCAGCCUCUCAGCAGCACCAGUCGCAAAUACAGUCUCAGACACAGACUCAAGUAUUAUCGCAGGUCAGUAUUUUCUGAAGACGCAUGUGGCAGACGGAUUUGCAUAUACCGAGGAGAGUGGCAUAGGAGGGUAAAGCAUAUGUGGCUGAAACCUGUAAGUUGGUGUUGGUUAUGCAGAAAUGUGUAACAGAUCAAACGGUCCUCUCAAAUGUCUAUUAGAUAGGCAAUAAGAACUACAGUGUAGCUGAGUAACAUCUUUUAGCUGACUAUAAAUCACUUUGUUUUUAAACAAGAAAAGCUGUGCUCUUUUAUGUGAUGCCUUUUUUAUUUAUUCAGGCUAUACCUACAAUAUGUGAAUCAAACUGUUUAAUGAAUCCUGGGACAUAUUAAUGACUAUAAACUGGCCUCUCUGAGUCGUGGAAAAUGGCCUUAUUUCUCUAGAAGUGAGUAAACUACACUUCCAGGCUAUCUGAACUUCUGAAGCCCUAAAAAUAAAAAGCACAGUUGUAACUACCUGAAAUAUGAAGAUCCAGUUUCAUACAAACAUUUGUAUGACGUGAAUAGUUGAUGGCAUUUUUUUUGUCAUGAAAAAAAAUAAUGUAAAUCACAGACUUUUGCCAAAGCUCUUAUUUUUUUCCUAAAUCUCUCCAGAAAAAAAAUGCAAGUGAUUAAAUUCAAUUAUUGACUUAUUUACACUUUUUAUCUAUGACUUCUCCAAAUCAAACCACAGUAUAUGUUGUAACAAUAUCUAUGGCCACUGUUAGCCCAUUAUAUUCAUUCCAAUUAGAAAAAAAGAAAUGUGAAUAUUAUAUUCCGUGUUUUGAGUGACAAGUUUCGAAAAAUAAAGACACUGUAUUUUUAAAAGGGAAAUGCACUUAAAUGAGAACAGUUAUUACAAAAGUUAAGAUUUAAAAAGAAAAAGCAAGAGUUUUUAUUAUGAUGUAAUACCAGUAGACUAUUUAAAAGGCACACCACAUCUGAAUAAUCGAUGUAAAUAUUUUCUUUCAAAGUUGUAAGUUUUCAUAUCAUGUGCUGUAAAGUUUUCCUAAAUGAGGCUUUAACGUAAACACUGGUGACAUAAACCAUUCAUUGCUACGUUGCUUAUUGUGUUUUUAUGCUGUUUUAUACUUUUUUAUGAGUUAUGAUAGCAGCAAUUAAGUUGUUUGUAUUUUGCUUAACUAAAACAAAAAUGCUUUUAUCUUGCUAUAGAAUAAACACAUUUCAGUAAAAACUGUGGACUGUAUUUUGAUGCAACAACAAGGAAACUGUUCACUUUUCAAAUAAAAUGAUAUGUCAGAUUUCA